AGCACGGAGUCUGGCGGAAGCCAUUCGUUCGCUCGAAAUUUUCACUCGCUUUUCCGACCGAACCAAAACCGGAAUCUGUGGUUAGCAUAGUGACAAAACAAUCGAAUCCCAGCACGUUGAAAGUAUCACCGGAUAGUGGUUUGCAGCACUACGGGCAGUGUCGAGAAAAGUACUACCUCUCAACAUACCCUUCCUCCCUUGCAAGCAUCAAGCUAACAAUAAUAAUCCACUUUGCCAAAGAUCGAUUUACCCCCCGCCGUCGAAUCGGGUUGGAAUCGCGCCUCCAGCAGCAUUUGUCGCGUGUUUUCCUUUCCAAAGCGUGUAGUGUGUGUGUGUGUGUGUAUGUGAAUGUGCGUGUGACUGUGUCCUGUCUACGAAUAGUGUAUAGUGACGAUUCGUAGGGAUAACCCCCGUAAAGCAAAAAGUGUUCCGGAAAAGAAGUCUUGCUUCUUGUGCGUUUUUCUUUUGGUUCAAGCAAAAAAAAAGGGUGAGAUAGUUUUCCACUGCGCAGUGCUUUCUUUCCUACUCACGGCUCACAUCCGUUUCUCACUUGUGACCGUGCUGUCAUCAACAUCCUUCCCUUUUCGAGCGCGAGAAACAAGGCAGGCGUGUGUCGCGUGCGUGUACCGCAAAACGGCCAAAAAAAGGAGCAGGUGCGAGCCCCUGAUACGUCGCGAAGGUGCAAGGAUACCGUAAAGGACGCUUGAAUGUUUGACACAAUGAUGCAGCAAGCCGUAUCGAUCAAAGCAGAACCGGACUGGAGUGACCUUUUGGUACCGGAACCGGAUAAUCGCGCGCAAUACGCACUCGAGAACGUUAUUCGCCAGCAGCAGCAACAGCAAUUGUUGCAACAGCAGCAGCAACAACAGCAACAACAACAGCAGCAGCAACAACAGCAACAACAACAGCAUCACCAGCAGCAGCAGCAGCAGCAACAGCAGCAGCAGCAAUAUCAUUUGCGCAACGGCGGGGGCGGUGGAACUCUGACGCAAAAUGCGAAUAAUCCGGCCGCGAUCGUAAACGGAGCAGCGGCCGGUUCAAGCGCCAGCCAGCAGUCGGGCGGAGCCGCCAGUGAAGACAACGAACCGCUGGACAUCAUCGAAGCGAUCGGUGAUUCGGAUGACAACGAUUUUGCUGAAGCGGAAUCCUUGACACUGCAGCAAUACAAGAAAGAUGAAAAGCUGUGCGAUUACUACCGCCGGAUGCCGGUGCUGUACGACAAAAGCCACCCGCACUACAAGUUCCAGUCGAAGAAGGAAAAGGCCUGGCGCGAACUGAGCCGGCUGUGCGAGAUGGAUGUGGAGCAGUGCAAGAAGCGCAUGACCUACUUCCGGUGCCGGUUCACGGUCGAGCGGCGCAUCAUGAAGAAUGGCGUCAACUGCAGCGAGUGGCCACUGCUCGAGAAGCUCAAGUUUCUCAACAAACACAUCAAAAUCCGGAGACCGCGUGCACCGAACGGUGAACCGGACGACACUGAUGACGAGACAAACCCAAUGAACAUUCUGCGGAAGCGGCAGCGUGAACAGCAAGAGGACGUAAAGGACGAUCUGCACGCCUAUCUCGACCUGCAGCAGAUGGCAGUGGCGGCCCAAAACUCCCAAGCUCAACUUCACUACCAGCAGCACCUGAAGCUGCAGGGCCAUGGUCCGUUCGGUGCACCGCCCGGUGCCGGCUUCCCGUCCGCCCACGAUCCCAUGUCACUGCAUCACCUGCAGCCACCGCACCCGCACCAGCGCGACCACCAGCUGCCGCCACCGCACAGUAAUCAGCCGGGCGGUGGCGGAUCUUCGCAACCGGGCGGUCCACCCGGCCAGCAGCAGGUGCCUCACUCCACGCCACUCGGCGCCAGCCAUCACCAUCAUCAUCCGUUCGGGCGAGGUGGAAUGCCGGGUUCGGCCGGUGGUGGCCACCAUCAGCAUCACCAUCCGCAUGGACCGGGCGGUGCGUCCGGUAGUGCGGCUGCGGCCGCUCUGCAGCACGGUGCGGGUGGUGGUGGCGCCGGUUCCGGUCAUCCGCAUCAUCACCAGCAACCGACACCGGUCGAGUCGCCGAUACCGGCCGCCAUGUCCAAUGUGGAGGUGUCGUACGGUUUGCCGAAGCGGGCACGCGUCAGCUACGACGGCGACGAAGCCUCGCUGUCCAACUUUAACCUCAACCGCACGGUCAAGUAUCAGAACAAUCUGGAACAUCAGGCCCACCUGGACGAGCACGGUGCGUACGGGCUGUACGUGGGCGAAGUGCUGCGCAAGCUACCGGAACGAAUAUCCUCGCUAACCUCGCUCAAGAUCAUGCAGCUGCUGUACGAGGCCCAGGUGCAGUCAUUCGAUGCCGCCCCGCCCGCCACCCCAAAACCCUCCUCCCAGUCGAAGGUUGGCAACGGCGAACAGCAGAGCAAUGGUACGGCGGGCAGUGGAGCGGGUGCGGCAACUUCUUCCUCCGGCAGCCUUCCGAAUGGUGGUGGCGCCACCAGCGUCGCCUCGUCCGAGGGUGGCCGCCAGUCGACGGAGAGCGCAGAAUCCAUGAGCAACAAGGACUAGGCCAUAGCCCUCCCGUCCACUGCCGCUUGCCCACCACCACCUACCCCGUCGUCGGCGUCCCUGGUGCACUGGUGGUAGUGAACGUAGGUCGGGCCCACUCGACUCCGCCAACCCCCCAUCAUGGCUUCUCAAUGAUAGAUCGGGAGAAAAGAAAAGGAUCAAACCAUGUUCCUCACAUUAGAGGCAAACGCGCGCGCGCCCACAGCUAUUAUUUCUGUCAUCAUCAACGUCAUCCAGCAAACACGUCCGUGUUCCUCAUUGAUGAACGCUCCCAACCCCAUCACCCACUAAUUGUAAUGAUAAUGUAGCUAAAAUAUUACUAGGCAGUGUUUAGUUUCGUUUUGUGUAGUUAUAAUUGUACUUUCUAAAGUAAAACAGUUUAUUUUUUAUAUGAGCGGGACGACUCGAGACGCCCGGCGGACAAACAGCAGAAAAGUGGGCACACGGGGACGUAUCGUUCAAAUUGUGCUAGCCAUCUCCAUUCAUCCAGUCAUUUUGCAUAAAUGUCCUAUGCGCCCCCUUCUCCCAGUCGGCCGGUUUCGGUGCUGUGGAAGCACCUGUAGCUGAGCGCUGUGUUUUUUUUUUUUGUAGAACAACAAACGUUUCCUUCCGCAAGUACUAGAUGGUUUAGUUCAUCUAGCGCUCGCUAGAUGUCGCCGUCUGCGUUUUGUUUGUAUUUUUGUUGCAUUUUAUUUUGCAGUUUGUGCAACCGGAUUUUAGCGUGUAAUACCUAAUGGACGAUCAGAUUUAGAAGCGCUCGAAGUGCUUUAUUCUCCUCACACAAAGGAAAUACGUCUACAUUUCUCAAGGAACGAUGAACAAAAAUAUUGGACAUUUUAGCUUCUCCUCUCCCAUUUGCGCGAGGGCGUAUCAUGUUUCACCUUCCCGUUCGAAUGUUUCUGCAGCAGCAAGGUGUGGAAUGUAUGUGCAAACGCAGAGUCAAACGCAGUAGUUUCUCGCUUUUGCAUUUGUGUGCAACGAAGGCCCAACUGUUUUGCGAACCUCAUUUAAAGCGUUGGUCAGCGCACACUCAAUACCCCCAGCGUACAAGAUCGCACAAGCUUUUUGGCAGAGCAUUGUUGGGGCCUUGUGGCGCUGUGUUUGCAUGUGUGUAUAACUUCGAGCGUAAUAUAUAAAUAUGAAUAUAAACCAAGAAAACCAAUCAUACCUUUUCUGUCCUAGGUUUAGCCAACGAGUAAUGUAUGUUGAAGGCAAAACUGUAAGCAUUAUAAUAACUCGAAACUAUGGAAGCAGAAUGUGUGUUUGUAGAGCAAGGCAGCGAGAGAGAGAGAGAGAGAGAGUUCGUUGGUGUGGUUUAAUUUGGAAGAUAAGAAGCGAAGGAAGUGUACGGUAGGCUCAGCAGAAGGUAUAUGCGUAUGCUUUGCGAGAAGGCAAACAAAUAGAUGAAACAAAGAAAAACACUAAACAGCAAACGUAAUACAAUAAAUGUUUCAAAACAUC